GAGGGAGUCUGUGCGAGGUGGCAGCAUUGAUGUUGAAUCCGCUGUGGAACCAUUCACGCCCACCUCUCUCUCUCUCUCUCUCUCUCUCUCUCUCUCUUUUCCUCCUCCUCCUCCUCCUCCUCCUCCUCUUCGCAGUUCGCUUUUGACGUUUUCUUUGCAACUCUUCUGCAUCGACAUCUCAAUUUCUCAAUUUAACAAGCAAGCAAGCAAACAUCUAUUCCAAAAGAUAUAAAUCUAAAAAGAAAAAAAUAAAAAACUGUUCAGUUUGGAAUUUUCCUCAUGUGACUCCCUAUAUUUGUGUAGAACUCUUCUUGUUUUCCACCUGAAAAUCCCUAAAAUUCAUCGGAUCAUACUCCUUGGUCUCGCCUUCUACCUACCCAUCCCCAAUUAUUACCUCAAUCAGUAAAUCUCUCAAUUCAUAUCGAGAAAGGAAAAAGAAAUUACCUUUUUUUGUAUCGUUCAAAUCCAAGAAUUGCCGGACUGGAGGGUUUUGUUUGCGGAUGGCAUCGCCGGUGGUGGAUUGCCGGAGCCUCAUCGAAUUCUGCAAAGCCUAUGCUGAGAACCGCCACAUCCCCAACCAAACUCACCCCAACUCUCGCACCAGGAAGCACUGCGACUCUCCCUUUGUCGCAAUCGACAUCCUCAUCCUCCUCCUGGUCGUCGGCGCGCUUGGAACCCUCACGGUUCCCUAUAUGAAAUUCGUCUUCGGCCAGAUUGUCCCUGCAAUUUUGGACACCCUGCGCGAGGCGCCCGUGCCGUACGUGGCUGGGUCCGUGGUGGGAUUAUUCAUCGCGAUCGGCGUUUGGGAGAUCGUGGAUCAGCAGUCUAGGAAGUGCGGAAAGCCUCGGUGCAAGGGUCUGCGGAAGGCGGUGGAGUUCGACAUACAGCUGGAGUCGGAGGAGUGCGUCAAGUGCUUGCCUCCCGACACAAAGAUUUCCGAUCAGAAGGUGCAGCCUCUGGAGUUAGCGCUGGAGGAUCACAAGGAGCUCCAGGCCGAAUUGAAGAGGAUGGCGCCGCUCAAUGGCCGCACUGUCCUCAUUUUCCGAGCACCUUGCGGCUGUCCUCUCGGCAGGAUGGAGGUUUGGGGCCCUAAGAAACUCCGUAGGAUCAAGAAAUAGGAUAUUCAUCAUUGUUCUUCUUUUCUUAUUUUCCUUUUUUUUUUUAAAGAAAAUCUUUUGAUUCUUGAUUCAAAUGAAUAUAUUAUGAAGUAUGGUUGUCAA